AUGUCUCUCCCUACACCCGAAGAGGUUCAAGCCCUCGUGGCUGACCUCUCGACGGCUGCCCAGGCCUACAGCACCGCCCCAGAUCUAGAGGGCUACAUGUCCCGCGUCCAGCUUAUCGCGAAGGCGAGACAGCUCAGCCGAGCUCUGAUUACCCCCGACCAAGCUCCCAACUACCACGGCUUAAAUAUGGCCGAAUUAAUUGGGAUCCGCAGCUUUAUGAAGCACAAGGUUCUUGACGCGAUUCCAUCGGAGGGAAGUAUAUCACUUGAAGAUCUCUCCAAGGCCACCGGCGUCCAAGAUUCUUUACUCGUUGCCGCCGGCUUUCUCGACCAGACCCGGCCAGAUGGCGGCGAUUAUAAACACACUAAAUUCUCUCAAGCCUACAUCACGGCGAAUCCUUCUCCAGGCCACUUGUUCCUCGCCAUGUACGACGAGUGGUUCCGAAACAUGCACAGCUUUGACGAAUACCUCCUAAAGUACGGCCUCCACGAACCAAACGACCCUCUCCGAAACCCUUACACGCGGACCCAUAACCAAGAAGGCACGCCAGUAUGGGCUAUUAUGGCCCAGGAUCCAGAGAGAAUUCAGGCCUUCCAGACCGGCAUGGCCGGAAUCGACGUGGCUAUCCCCGUUGUAGGCCACUUCGACUUCAGCACCCUCAAGAACACGCCCGAGGAGAACGAGAAGGGCGUCGUCGAGUUAGUGGACGUCGGCGGUGGCCACGGCGUCGUGCUCAACAAAAUUUUAACCACUCACCCGGAACUGACGCCUAAGAACUGCGCGCUACAAGAUCGCCCGGACGUCAUCGAGAUGGCCAAGGCCAACGCCGUGCUCCCCGCUGACGUCCAGCUCGUACCGCAUGAUUUCAUGACCGAACAGCCGAUCAAGGGGGCGAAGUCGUACUUUAUGCGCAUGAUCCUUCACGACUAUUCCGACGAGGUUGGCAUCGAGAUAUUAAAGAACCUUGCCGGGGCCAUGUCGAAGGACUCUAGGGUCCUUAUUUGUGAGAUGGUUUUGCCCUCUCGGGUCGGGGAAGCGGACUUUGCUUCGGCUGUGCUUGAUCAGGCAGUCAUGACUAUGGGCGGGAAGGAGAGGACGGAGGACGGUUUCGGAAAAAUGUUGGAGGCUGCUGGGCUUCAGCUAGUUAACGUCUGGAGGGUUCCUGGGGUUCCUGGGGCGUGUGUUGAGGGGAGACUUAAGGAGUGA